AUGAAAGAAUUGCAAUGCACUCCAGACGUCGCCGGGUUAAGCUACGCAGAACUAUGCAUCCACCCAGACUUGAACCUGCCUGAAGGGUUCAAGAUCCCGAAGUUUGAUACCUUCGAAGGGGUGGGCAACCCCAUGGAACACCUAAGAGCGUACUGUGACCAACUCGUGGGAGUUGGCAAAGAUGAAGCGUUGUUGAUGAGGUUGUUCAGCCGGAGCCUGUGCGGUGAGGCUCUGGAAUGGUUCACGUCGCACGAGACUCGACAAUGGCCCAGUUGGAGCGCACUGGCUAAAGAUUUCAUUGACAGAUUUGCAUACAACGUCGAGAUAGUCCCUGAUCGAUACUCCUUGGAGAAGAUGAAGCAGAAAUCCACAGAGAGCUAUCGGGAAUUCGCAUACAGAUGGAGGAAAGAGGCAGCGAGGGUGAGGCCUCCGAUGACAGAAAAAGAGAUUGUAGAGGUGUUCGUACGGGUGCAAGAACCCGAGUACUACGACAGGAUCAUCUUGUUAAUCGGCGCCAAGUUCGCCGAGAUAGUCAAAGUGGGUGAGACUAUCGAAGAUGGCCUGAAGUCGUGGAAGAUAGCCCGAAUGUCUGCAUCGCCUGGAUCUUCCGGACUCGUGAGGAAGAAGAGAGAGGAGGUUGCUGCCAUCUCAUACGGGGGAAUAAAGGUCCCCAGAAACUUACCACGUCCCCAAAACCGCUCCAACCCUCCAUCAAAGCCUCAUCAAGCCUACCGUCCACAAUCAAAUCAUUCCGGCCACUACAAUGCUGCCCCCACUCAUCCAGAUCCCCAUAUUUUAUAA